AUGCACACGACAGCUCAACUGGAUAGUCUGGAGCAGAAGCGCUCAGCCAGCCUGAUCUUCCGAAUUGAGCAACUCCUGCCCAGCACCAGCAUCACACCGACUACCAUGACCACUUCAUCGACGGAGACCACAUUGACGGCCACCACGAGCACCGCAAGUCCGGCCAAGCGGAUGAGGAUGAGCAACCCACGACCAGGUGUUUACACCUCGCAGUACACGCCCAAGGAUACCUGCUCCAUUGCCAUUCCCACGUCGGCUCUUCUGGGAUCUACGGCCAUGCCCACGGAUGGCGGCCGCUCCCACUGCCAACUGUCCAAUGGCGAACUGAUCGUAUCCGGCUCACUGUUGCGGCAGAUCAAACUCUCCGAGGAUGUGUAUAGCUUCAAUGCCAUCUUCGAACUGCAUUGUGGACAAGUGCGCGUCCGUUUGGUCAGGGAUGUAGCCCGGGAGGACGAGAUCGUGGCCUGGUUCGGCGAGGAGUUGGUUCUCCUCAUGGGCAUUCCCUUCCUGACGCCCCUAAACAUUCAAGGAAACAGUCGCUACAUGUGUCACCUGUGCCACUUGACCUUCGAGACACCCCACCCGCUGAAGAUCCAUUUGGCUCUGGGUUGUGGUCGUAGUGCCAUGGACAUCCUGUGGAUGCGACUACACUACUCGCUGAAGGCGGCAGCAAGGAGUCAUACAGAAACCCAGCACUCACCAAUUCCGGCGACCUCGUCCACGUCUUCGGCCUCGCCCACCCAUUCGCCACCGCCGCAGAUGCCACCACGGUUCUCCGCCUUCCGACCCAUUGCAGCACUUACCCAGAGUUUGCCCAUGGUACCAGUAACCACAGCAGCAACUCCUCUUUCCUACCUGCCCUCCAUGUCGAUGGCCACUGCACCGUUGUCGACGCAUCCAAUGAAUGCAGCUGCCCAGAUCGAGGCCAUAGUCAGCAAUAUGGGUGCCUCCAAACAGGGUCAUCUGUGCAUCUACUGCGGCAAGGUGUACUCCCGGAAAUAUGGCCUGAAGAUCCACAUACGCACCCACACCGGAUUCAAGCCGCUGAAGUGCAAGUUCUGCCUGAGACCAUUUGGCGAUCCCAGCAAUCUCAAUAAGCAUGUGAGGCUGCAUCUCCAGACGCAUCCGAGUAGUUCCGCUGGUGUCACCGAUGGUGGAGCAGGUGGUGCCGAAAUGGAUGGCGAUGUGGACAUCGAAGGGGAAACGGAUGCGGACUACCAGUGCCACGUGUGCCAUAAAUCCUUUCCACGGCGCAGGGAUCUGCAGCGACACAUGGAAACUCGGCAUAGUGGACACCAUUCCCAUUCCCAUUCCGAGUCCCGUUCCAGCUCCACCAGCACCUCCAGUACAACCACAAUGACCGCAACGGUGACCACAUCUACGUCGAAAUCCAGCUAG